ACCACCAACCACAGUCCCUUGUAGUUUGGGAUUCAAGUGCACACACAAAGAAGGAGAGAGAGAGAGAGAGAAAUAAUUCCUGUGUGGAAAUUAAGAAAUCUUGCAUGACGGGAUAAUACCAGAUUAGGGUGAAAUGAGCAGAUUAUUCCUUUGCAUUUACUUAAGGAAAUGGAACGAGUAAUGUUUAUGAAGAUAGAUGCAAAGAGAGUAGAAGGUGAGCCCUGGCACCCCAACAACUGGGAAGGAAGGCAAAAAACAAUUUAGUAAAUGCAAAGAAAUCCCACCUCCACAAUCUUUGAAAGAUGCAACAAUAUAUGAAUUAUUCCUUGCAAACUGUAGCAAGCCGCUGCUUUCUUAGCGGAAGUGGAGAUUUGCACCCAGUCCUUUCCUCUCCUGCAGGUAAGCCCCCAAAACUGCAGAAUCUGUAUCCUUGUCUCCUGUCUGGAAAUGACCCAUAUAAACUGGAGACUUAGGGCCAAACCCAGAAAUCUGGCAACCCUAAAGGCCAGGGGUAGUGUCCCAGGUCCAAUGGGCGUUAUCCCCCAGUUGUGUACCUAUAGGUCAAAGCAGGUGGGAUAUUAUUCCUUGGUUUCCAGGAUCAAGCUUUCUGAGUGCCAUUGCUACUUGCAAGCUGGGCUUCACUCUGGUUUUGACGUUGUCCCAGACCUCUGUCAAGUCCGCAAGAGAGGAGACACACACUUCCAAAGGCAGAAAGGGAACAUUUCACCUGGGGACUGUCUUCGGAGGGUUUGAUUGAAGGAGCUGGUUGAGCAACGUCUAGGAGGGAAGGAUGUGGUUCUGGGGAUGAGAUUCACACCGUUCAGGAAACCACCUUGAAACCGAAAGGGGAAAUGGGGCAGCUUGGCCCAUUUUGCCCGUGCAAAAAUAACGUCUGCAAACAGGAAACGCACCCAGCUUUAAAGGCAAGCGGAAAAAGAGGAUUGUUCCCAUGGCUGAGGAAGAGCCCCAGCAAUCCUUGGAGAUGGAAUCCGGAGAAGAAGCGGCGGAGGGAAGUCCUGAUGCCAAGGAGCAACAGAGUAUUCCAGAGAAGCUGGAAGAUGUGGAAUCUCCCGCCUCGAAGCCAGACAGCACUUCUGAAACGGAGCAGAAGAGCCCUGCAGAGGAAUCUGGAGACGAUGAGAUGCCCAUCGGGGAGAAGGAAGAGGAGCAAACUUUCCUGGUCAACCUCUACAAGUUCAUGAAGGAUCGGCACACACCAAUCGAGAGGGUGCCUCACCUGGGGUUCAAGCAGAUUAACCUCUUUAAGAUCUACAAAGUCGUGGAAAAGCUGGGAGCUUAUGAACUGGUCACUGGACGGCGUCUUUGGAAGAACGUCUAUAACAUGUUGGGAGGCAGCCCUGGGAGCACCAGUGCGGCUACUUGCACCCGGAGACACUAUGAGAGGCUGGUCCUCCCCUACGUCAGGCACUUGAAAGGCGAAGACGACAAACCUUUACCUCCUGUCAAGCCCCGGAAACAAUACAAAAUCUCCAAGGAGCCGAAAGGCGAAAGAGGGAAUGGUGUUGUUGAGAAGAAAAGAGCCAAAAAAGAAAAGGUAAAGGACCAGGUUCUGCAAGAGAAGCUGAAACCUGACAUCGUUGUUGCUUCUGCCCCCAGCACUACCAACGAAACCGAGCAAAAGCAACCCACAGAACAAACCGAGGGGCACCUUUCUCUUUCAAAUGGCCGGGAGAUGCCUGAUAAUCAGCGCAUGGACGCCUGCAACUGCAAGGCCCAUGGCGGCUCAGAGGCCUCCAAGCGCCUCUUCUCCAGUUUCUACUUUAAAGGGAACCACGGGAUCAUGUCCCCCUUGGCCAAGAAGAAGCUCUUGGCCCAGGUGAGCAAGGACGAGGCCUUGUACUGCCACGAGAGACACCUCAGCACCUGCCCACAAUAUAAGAAGACCCAAAUCCAAGAGAGACCUGGUCUGAACCCGGAGGCUGGUACUAAGACUCCAUUAGUCAGUCACCAUCUUCACAAAGAGGGGCAGAGUAAUGGGGCGGAGAAGCUGGAGGGCUCUGGCAGCCCUCUUGGAUCUUCUCAGGCCUCCAGAGAAAAUGAAGGCAUCGCAAAGGUCUGUCCAGGUUUCAGGACUAGCCAGGGGCCCCAGAAAGCCGAUGGUGGGAGCUCAGGAGGCCAUCCCUCGCCUGGUCUACCCACUUUUUGUGGUUCUUUCUACACAUCUAGAAGUGACAUCGUGAAACCCGUAAGCUGCCACCCAAUUCGUGGACCAUUAGAAUACUAUCCAGGUUUAAGGGACCUGACUGAGUCCCCCUCUUCCUUUCAGUCAUCUGGAAAGAAUGUCCUCUCCAGCCGCCUGUCUCAGAAAAGGCCAGAGGACCCAGAGGAGCAGCCAGAAGAUCUCCGUAGGAAGCCUCUGCCCUCCUGGAGAGGAGACGCCACACAGUCCUCUGCCUUCCAGCCCAGCAGCUCUGGCAGUAAGAGGGGCUCUUCCUCAUUCCUGCACAUCAAACCCUCUUGGGUUCCCCCAAUGGCCAACAUGGCGAAGGUCAGUCCGCAGAUCCCAAAGUCCGGAGGCCCAUCCCUUUCUCCAAGCCCUCCGGACACUUUGCAUCAGAAAAAGCGAGCCUUGGAAGAGGACUUCCUCCGACAUGGGAAGAAGCUCAAAGCCGUCUCCCCUUUUGUCCCGGAAUCCAACAAUGGGACGGAGUGUGGCAGUCCCCCAAAUGGCCAGCAGGGGGUAGCAAAGCCCAAAGCAGCAGUGCCGAAUUCAGGUUUCCCAAUCGCUCCAGUUCCUCAGGAGAUGUACAAAGGAACGAUGCUCAGGCUUCCGGUUGGUUUCAGCAACGGCGGGGAACACGCGAAGGGACAGUCCCCCUCUCUCAUCCCGUCGCUGUCCAUCAGCCCGUUUAUUAUCCCCGCUUUUCCAACCCCGAUAUUAACUGCGUCGGUUCAGCCUUCUGACCUCUGCCAGCCCCUGGGGGCCGGACUGGUCCACUACCCCACCUCUUACGACAGCGCCCUGCGCCACAGGCUGUACCCGGUUUCCACGUGGCACAGCCAGCCCACCUACGCCACGUCCCACAUACCUGCCUACCACCGGAACACCAAGCUGUAGCUGGACUUCCGUGGGUCGCCACAGACUUGCAUUGCUUGGUGAACUGCAGCUGUGCUGCAUUUCAGUGUUUGGACUAUCCCCCUCUUAUUUGGACCCUUUUUAUGUUACAGAAGCAGCAGGACGUCAUAGUCAGGACCAUGUAAUCUUUCUUUUUUUUAAACCUCUUGAAUUACAAACUGUAUUUCUAUCUGGUAUGAUAUGUCAAUAACUUGUGCAAAUGAUAAUAACAAUAACAAUUACCCCCGAAGGGAACAAAGUUCAUAUAAACAGAGAUUUAUUAUCUGUGA